AUGCCCCCAAAGAAGGACCCGAAGGGAGGCAAGGCUCCCCCAGCCAAGAAGAAGGAGGGAUCUGGAGGAGGAAAGGCCAAGAAGAAGAAGUGGUCGAAGGGAAAGGUCAGGGAUAAGCUCAACAACAUGGUGCUUUUCGACCAGGCCACCUACGACAAGCUCUACAAGGAGGUUAUCACCUACAAGCUCAUCACCCCAUCCGUCGUGUCUGAGCGUCUGAAGGUGCGCGCUUCUUUGGCCAAGGCCGGACUCAAGGAGCUCCAAGCUAAGGGACUCGUCAAGUGCGUCGUUCACCACCACGGACAAGUCGUCUACACCCGUGCCACCAAGGAGGCUGACGUUAUCGUCGAAUAA